AUGGGGCAAACUCAGUCUACUGGUACUCCUGAAGAGCGUGGCUCUACAGAUAGUCGGGCAAGUGGAAAAGCAGAUUAUUACAAAAUUCUUGGUUUGGAACGAGAUGCAUCAGAAGAUGAGAUCAAAAGAGCCUACAGAAAGAAAGCAUUAGAAUUACAUCCUGACAGAAAUUAUGGCAAUGUGGAGGCUUCGACAAAACUCUUCGCUGAAAUUCAGUGCGCGUACGAAGUUUUGUCUGAUCCCCAAGAACGAGCGUGGUAUGACUCGCAUCGAGAUGCGAUAUUCGCAGAUGAGAAGACGUCUUCGGGAGAGCAGACCUAUGGCGGUAUCCACAUGACGACUGCCUCAGACAUCUUGGCGUUAAUCUUCAAGUUCAGUCCUCGGAUGGAAUUCUCGGACUCACCUAAUGGGUUCUUUGGCGGACUCAGAGAAACGUUUGACCAAAUUGCGCGAGAAGAAAAGCUGGCGUGCCGAUGGAAUAAACUCGAUCCGGUCGAAUACCCCUCAUUUGGAAGGCAGAACGACGACUUCGAACAAGUAGUUCGCCCAUUCUAUACGGUCUGGAGCAACUUCUCAACGAAGAAGUCCUUUGCCUGGAAGGAUAUCCAUCGAUAUAGCGAGGCACCUGAUCGUCGCAUUCGCAGGUUAAUGGAGAAGGAGAACAGGAGACUAAGAGAAGAGGCCAUUCGUGAGUACAAUGAUGCUGUCCGGUCUCUUGUAGCCUUUGUGAAAAAGCGUGAUCCACGUUACAGGUCAAAUCCUAAAAGUGAGGCUGAGCGUCAGCGGAUGCUACGUGAGGCAGCUGCUGCUCAGGCUGCCAGAUCGAGGGCGGCAAAUCAGGCAAAAAUGCGUGAUCAUGUUACUCCAGAAUGGGCUAGGUCAGAGGAACCAGAGGAAGAACUCAGCAGCAGCUCCGAGUCUGACUUGGAACAAUUCGAAUGCGUCGUGUGUCGCAAGAUAUUCAAGAGUGAAAAGCAAUUUGAGGCACAUGAGCGUAGCAAGAAGCACAUCAAAGCAGUCAAGCAGCUUCGCUGGGAAAUGACAGCCCAAGAUGAGGAACUACAAUUAGAAAGCCACGAGUCGACGAUAAAGUCAGAGGAUGUGCAUAAACCACCCUCUGUACAUAGUCCCGAGCCUUUAGGUCCUUCCGCCGGCCACACGGGGGACGUUUCGGAGAGUGUAUUCGAUCUUGUUAACGAAAAUAUCUUAAUCUCAGAACCAGAACUAGGAACUCGGUCAAUGCCUGGCUCGGAGGAUGAAGAUGAUGAUUAUGCCAUUAGGGAAACAGUUGAGGCAAGAAUAUCGCCGGGUCUUUUCAACGAAACUGAAACAAUACAUACUCCAGGAACUUUAGAACAUUUCUCGUCGCUAUCUCUCGAUGAUCAUUCCAACCAAGAUACACCAAAAAUGGGGAAGGCCAAGCAGAAACGCGCCAAAAGGGCAGCACGGACUGCAACUGUGGAAAAGUCAAAGUUGACUUGUGCUUCUUGUCAUGUUGCAUUUCCUUCCAGGACUAAGCUUUUCGCACAUAUCAAGGCGCUGGACCAUGCUCAGCCUGUGAGUGCGUUCCAGACUGGAGGAAAGAAGCAGAAACGCUAG